GACAGAUCAUGACAUGACAUUAACAUUAGUGUACGUCAAGCAAGGGUGUACGUAGAGUAGAAAAGUGCAUUGAUUUCAUAGAAAAGUUUCAAGUAGAUUUUGUUUGUCUGACUUGACUGCUACGCCGUUACUGUAAAUUCAGGAUGGAUUCCUCAUACCAGGGAGGUGUGUCGUUCGAAGACAGGGACAAUAAUUUCCAGCGCCUGUCCCAAACUAUAGCCAGCAAUAUUAAAAAGAUUUCACAGAAUGUAUCGUCCAUGUCAAAGAUGGUCAACCAGUUGCAGACGCCACAGGAUUCCCAAGAGCAUCGGAAUCAACUACGUCAAAUACAAAACUACAACCAGAAACUGGCAAGGGAUACAUCUUCGCUGAUCAUGGAGCUGAUGAAGUUGCCAACUGAUCAGCCGGCGCACAAGAUGACAAGGGAGCGCCUCAGAGAUGAAUACAUGAUCACACUCAACUCAUUCCAGUCUACACAAAGGCUGGCCGCUCAGAAGACCAAAGAAGACGUAAGAAAGGUGAAGGCGCAGUCUGCGAGCAUCAACAUUGGAGAUCCGUUCGCUAUUUCAGGUGACAGCAGCAACAAGGAGUUGAUGGAGAUGGGUGAGCCGACGUUGCGCGAACAGGAGCAGGUCAUGCAGACUGAACGCUCGCUCGUCGAGCUGGAGGAGCGAGAGCGAGACAUCCGACAGCUUGAGAGCGACAUAAUGGAUGUGAACCAAAUCUUCAAGGAGCUUGGAACAAUGAUCCACUCACAGGGAGAAGUAGUCAACUCCAUUGAAUCCAGUGUGGAAUAUGCUACGGUGAACGUGGAGAGUGGCACGCAGGAACUCCGGGAGGCUGCUAACUACAAGAACAAACUGCGCAAGAAGAAGGUGUACCUGUUCCUAGCGCUGAUCAUCAUAGUGUCGAUUAUACUCAUCAUUAUAUUCCACAAGUGAUCUUUAGCCUCCGUCGAAGAGUCAUCGUACAGUUAUGAAACUUAUCGAUGCUUCUUUGUUUUUGAAUAAAGCCUGCACUUUAUUCUGUGAAGAAAGAUGAACUGUUAACAAAAAUAUGUAAAUGUUAUGUUUUAUUGUGAGACUACAAUAUAUAUUUAACUCGCUGUACUACACAUUCCCACUAAAUUGUUUCGAAACCCCUUCAAAAUCUGGUAAAACCAGUAAGUCUAACAUCUUGACAACAUCACCUAUUAUACCAAUUGUAUAUAAAAUUUUAUUUAAUGUCGUGUCAAGUAUAAUCAAAUAUAAGGGGAUUCGGGAUUGGUUUGCAGUAGAACUUAGCAAAGUGGUGUCAUAUUUUAUCUUUAUUGUAUCUUCAAUUUGCCAACACGCAAUAAAUCAGCAAUCUAUGUAUUUGUAUAAUAUAUUGUAGAAAUUAUAUAAUUGUAUUCAUGUUCGUAGCGAAUUUGUGUAAUUUUGAAGCGUAAUUACAUAUUAUAAUAUUAUUAUCGAGGUAUGAAAGCGUAGUGGUUGUGUCGACUUCAGCUCGCGAAAUUAGCUUUUUUGAAGUUGAGCCUAUUUUAGAAAGGAAAUACUACGGAACUGUUCGAUAGGAGUCUUUAUUUCGCGAUUGUAUUAUAUUUCCUUGUGCCAGUUUCGUUUUCUCGAUGACAAUGACUCGCUUUCCAUGUUAAGCCUUAUUUUUAAUGUGAUAAGAAACCACGAAGUCGUCGUGGUGUGUUUAUUUAAGCUUGCGUUAUUUUGCUAAUGCGACAGGAAUUUUAAUUGAUAUUUGUAUUGUUUAGAAAUGUCACGAUAUCACUUAGGGUAAUAGGGGUCGAAUUAAGGAAUAUUAUUCAUACGAACUAACAUGUAUUUUAGUUUUGUUCCUUUUCUUUAAUACUUAUUAUUCGCGGUGUGUAGAGACAUCCCAGUAAAUCAGGGACUGCAUACCGGUAUAAAUUUCUGUACAUUUUUUUUCUGUAUGACGUCAUACCAUAAAAAAUCUGUUAUUCAAAAAUAACAGUACAGAUAUUCAAACAGAAAUGAUUCGUGUAUCUUAAUUAUUCUUGUAUCGUAUAAUAUAACAGAUGAUUAGGGUAGCGGUAAUUUAUCUAUAUUAUUUUGAUAUUCUUAUGAAUUAUCGGUUAUUCUCGAUUCUUUAGCUCAUCUGUCCUCCGCUCACCGCCCUUAUUCCUUCGUGGUCCAUCUGCCGCGCGCCGCCUCGUAUUUCGGUACAGAAAUAAAAUAUCGGUUAAAAUAAUUGUUGUACUGAAAACAUCUUAACAGAAAUUAGUUCAGUACAUACAUUUGAGUACUCAUAUAUUUCUAAUCAAAUUUUAAUAUCUGAUACCGAAAUUAUGCUUCAAAAGCCGGUAUACAAAUAAGAGUAGUGAAAUUUUACUAGUACUAUUUAAAUAUUUUAUACCGAUAUGCAGUCCCUGCAGUAAAUAGUAUUAGACUAAAGUGUACAAGUAGUGAUCCAAGGUUUCAAUAGUUUCAUUAAAUAUUGGUGAUUCACGAGUCACAAUAUUGAAAUUUGUGUGUUUGCCGAACUAACUCGUUUACAUUUAAUAUUAGUAGAGAUAGUUAUUGACGAAAAACGUCACAAUUACUAUUUGUGUGAAGUCACUUAAGAUUCUAGUUGAGAUCUGCAGAUUCAGAAAAUUUUCUUGUACAUUUUAUAUAAUGCUGUCUCUAAACUACUUAUUGUGUACAUUACAACUACAGCUUAAUAAUUGAAUUUAAGAUUAGUGUGCUAUUUUAUUUUUUAACGGAGAUUAUUUCCUUAUUGAUAAUUCACUAUAUUUUGUAAAGAAAGUGAAGGCCGUACGAGUAUUUUCCAAAGUUGUAAACUAAACAGUUUGAUAGAUCAAAAAGCAUGUAAUGUUUUUGAAGUGUUCGGGUCCAAAUAAUGUUAUGAGAUGUAGGACAAGCAUAAGUCACGAGGUUAGAUUUAAAAUAUAUGACACCGAACACCAGUCGUCGGUCUAUCGUUGUGGUGCACUUGUGUCAAUAGGUGCACGUUUUUAUAUUACUUGAGAAUGUACACCCAUAGAUAAUGUAUAUUAUUGCAGUAGAUGUAUUUGACCAGAAUAGUAAUACUUUAAGUGUCGGCAACGUAGCCAGGCCAUCGUAUCUUUAUUGAAUUGAUUAAUUUAACAAACCGUCUUUCGUUAUUCGCUUAAGAUAUUAUGCUUAAACUACUAAGUAUUCACGUGUAGAUAGUUAGUUUAAAAUUCUCAAUGUAUUAUAUUAUAUCUAUAUAUGAAUGUAAAGUUGUCCAUGUAUAAACGUAAUUUGUUGAUAUAUUUUACUUUCAAAUAAAUAAACAAGUAUAUUAUUAUUUUA